AGUCGGUGCGGCGGCGGCAAGGCGAAUGGGUCGCUCGCGCAUUCUCGGCUGCUCUCGUGUGUGUGGGCGAGGGUGACGUCAUCGUCUGCGGGCGGACGCCUGCGGGAGACACCUGUUGGCGCGCGACGGAACCACGCCACUGGCAAGGACUACACGCGCCGCGAUUUUUUUUUUCGCGACGUCUUAAAGGGGGUUCUUUUUAAGCUUGCAGUUUAGCCGAACUGAAGGCAAUAAUUAAUCGUACCUAUAAAUAUUGGACGUUUGGAGAAAUUAUAGAAAAUCAAAGGACACGUUAAACUUCUUGAUUCGGCUUAAUCAUACCCAUAAUUUAGACAAUUAAUAGCGCCUGUCAAAGAUAUUGUCAAACCAAAGUGUUGAGGGGGAAAAUUUGACCAUCUCUUGGAACAAUCAUAGUCUGACGCCACUGACCUUUGACUGUGAAAUGGGACGAGCGAAGCAAAGGAGGAUUCAAGAGUCGUAGGACGUUCUGUUCGCGAAUUCGUGGAAAUUGUUCGUGAGGAGCACUUCUCGAGAACAUUUACAGCCGCCAGGUGGAACUGGAAGCAUAGUGCAGCAUGAAGAUGAGACUUCUGGGGCUGGACCUGUUUUUAAUUGCAGCUCUCUCCUUGCUGGAAGGCGCGCGCUGCCUGAAGAUGGGCCGGCUCAGCGUGCCGCCCUACAAGAUCCGUGGCGAGGGCGCCGAGCUGGUGUGCGACUACGAGCUGGAGGACGACGCUCUCUACUCCGUCAAGUGGUACAAGGACGACGAGGAGUUCUUCCGCUUCGUGCCCAAGUCCGACCCACCAAAGUCCAGCUACAAGAUCGAGGGCGUCAAGGUGGACCACACGCUGUCGGACGACAAGCGGGUGGCGCUGCGCUCGCUGACGCUCCAGUCGAGCGGCACGUACCGCUGCGAGGUGUCGGCCGAGGCGCCGUCCUUCGCUUCGGCGCAGAAGGAAGCCCACAUGGAGGUUGUGUACCUGCCCAAGGACGGGCCACACAUCACCGGCGAGAAGCGCCAGUACCACCGCGGGGACGAGAUCAGCCUCAACUGCACCUCGGGCAAGUCCUACCCGGCCUCCGUGCUGCACUGGUACAUCAACGACCACCAGGUGCGGGACCGGGACGAGCUGGUCCAGUAUCCGGAGCUGGUACACCACUACGGCCUGGUCACCUCGGCGCUGGGGCUGCGCUUCAAGGUGGAGGACCACCAGUUCCAGGGCGGCAGCAUCCGGGUGCGCUGCGUGGCGAGCGUGUUCCCCGGCUUCUGGGUGCGCGACAAGGAGCGCGUGGUUGAGCGCGUGGACCAGCUCAAGGACCACGUGCGGGAGGCACUGUUGCUCGUGAGAGCUGCCUCCAGCUGCCACGGCGCGUCUCUCUUCGUCGUCUCCGCCAUGUUGUCGCUGGCCGUCUCGGCUGGCACGUGAUUCUGCUGGCUGAUCAGAGCUGGUUGGCCAGUCAGAGCCGGCCCGGGAGUCGCGAAGAGAGACAGUUGCCUUCACACGCACGCCGGAGACAAAGCAUGAAAUGUUGAAACAUGCGAAAGAAAUUCUCAUCAUACAUACAUACAUUGCAAAAAUUUAAUUUUUUUUGCGGACAAUGAGACAAUCAAAAAUAAACAUAUAUUGGAAGAAAAAUCGAGUACUUUUAAACGUGGUUUUUUUCUCAUUGAAAGGACGUAGGUUAUGUUUUUAUGUAGAUAAUUACUCAGCUUGUGUGUAGUAUAAAUUCAUUACCUAUCAUAGCACAGGGUUUAUAAAAAGAGAAGUCACUUUAUAUUUUAAUGUUAAUACCGUGGUACAUAUAUCAUUUACUUAAUGAGAGAGAAAAAGAAGGAAAGGUGAAUUUUACUGCAAAGAAGUCUUUCUAAUCCCUUCUAGAAGAUGAACCUGGAGUUCAGCCCCAUUAUGAGCGUUGGAUGAAUAUUCAGAUAAGCGCAGCUCUGUAUAUGGCAGUGCUAUCUCUUAAAAAAGCUGUUCUCGCCUUUCGAAAGCAUAACUAUGGAAUACCUGUUUCAAGCUUUAUGUUUUAAUGAAUGCAAAUUUUACCAAUUUUUAUUAAGUUUACUUGUAAAUGAGAUACUUUCCAGAGAGUGUACAAAUGCAUUGAACAAUGUUACUAAACAUUUACUUUUUUUAUUAAAUUAUAGUUUAUUUUGUCAGUUAUGGUUUAAAUACAGCAGAGCGCUCUAAUAUUUACACUGAAUAAUUUUUCACUAUUUAAUCGGUAAAAAACUUCUAUUUUUGACGCAAUAAAUUAUAUACUAUUUUCUUUAAUCGAAAUCAAUGAACAAUAAAUGUAUAACGUUAUAUAUUACGUUUGCCAGACUAUCGAAAAAGAUACUAAUUGUCAUAAAUAAAUUUUUUUAUUCGUACUCAUCUUAACAAUGUGGCCUUAGACAUCAAAAACAUAGACUUAAAUAACGUUAUCUCCUCAAUUAGGAAAGUUAAAUAACAGUAUAGUCGUCUUGUCAAUCAAAAUAAAUUUUAACACCUAUUCCGACUAUAUGAAUAAAAUAAAACUGCAAAUGAAAAUUUUCCGUGUAGGUUAACACUUUGUUUCAAAUUCUUAUUGUGAUAAGAAGAUUCAAAACUUUGUACAAUAAUGGUAAAAAUCGUAUGGCUUUCAGAGAUUAUUUGGAGGGACGUAUUUUGAGGUGUGGCUUAGCUUUAUUUAACUGAAAAUUAUUUUUGUAAUAAAUGGUUUAUAAAAGUAUCUUUAACUGAAUACUGAAAGUUACUGUUAUAGAGCUUCUAUCUUCUAGUGAAAAUCAUAAGUUUCAAAAGAACAAUUAAAACAGAAAAUAUUGCGUAUUCUCUCCCUGAAACUAGGUGUGCUUUCUGUACAAAUAUUCGGGGUGGGUUGGUGCAUUAGGUUGUAAUUGUGCAGGAACACAAACAUGGCUAAUACUGCACUUAGCAAUUCCUUUUGUGAUAAAUUAAUUUAAUAUGUUACAGUUAUUACAAGUACCAUCAUGUUCAAUAAUUAUUUGUUUAGACGCUGCUGUAAUAAAAAUUCAAUGGGUAAAAUAAGCUAUUUACCAGAAAUAUUCAGUACUUACCGAUAAUAUGAGCGAUUUAUGGUGGAGCAAGCACGGCAACAUUCCAGCCGUAAACAUGCCGAAUACUUUCAACACACGUGUAGUGACAUCCAUCUAUCCUAUAGCUAACGAACUACAGCUACAGCACCAUCUCCCUCAGUGCUCCAGCUCACCCUGUUUUUACUAUAUCAUUCAUUGACUCACUCAUUACAAAUUAUCAGUAACUUAAUGACCUACAGACUUUAAAUUUGGCAUGUGUAUUCAUUUUUCUACGUAGAUAUCCGCUAAGAAAGUAUUUUCCGAAAAUACGCUCCCAAAGUUGAUUUAGCCCAGAAAACGCCGGGUAAUUAAUCUAGUUCUAUAUGAAAUAAAACAUGCUAUAUUUUAAGGGGGUGGGGAAAUUAUUCGGAAGACUUGUGCGGGAAAAUUUUUUUAAAGGGUACCUUUGAUAAAUAAAUACAGUUUGCUGGCUCAGAAAGUUAUUAAAAAAAGAUUAACAAAUGCAUGCAAGCGGUGGCUGUAU